AAGGAGCACCCUGCUCAAUCUCUCCUUGCCCGCGCCCACGAGCCGACCGCCUCCUCCCAGAUCUUCCGCGAAAAGGUCCAGAACCGUCCUCUUCUACUCCGACCCUCAUCUCCCGAUCCUCGCGAAGAUGUCCGCUCGCAACGACAGAAAGCAAGACUAGAAAAACAAAGAGCCAGUCGCAAGUCAAAGAAGCCUCGUCCUCUGACUGCGAAGCAANAGAGACUCCUUGGUGUCUACGACAUUCCGAAAGACCAGCGCAGAUACGACAUCUACCUGCCCAUCUGGAAGCUAUGGUGUGCCUACAUGCGUGACAUACUAGCCAUGGACAAGACACGCUAUGUGAACCCCGCUUCUGUCGGUCCCCUGCUGGCUAGUGCAGACUAUCACGGCGCCAUGGUUGACGUUGUAAGAUGUCGCUGCGUGGGAAGAGUAGGAAUAAAAGGCAUAGUCGUCAAAGACACAAAAUUCACCAUGGAAAUCAUCACUGCAAAGAAUGAGCUCAAGAGUAUGCUAUUCAUCAUUCCACCAACAGAAUACACCAUCUUUAGAUUCGAAAUCCCCUUUGCGGAAGAGGACAGCGAUGGUGAUAGUCAGAUGACCGAGCCGCGCAAACCAUUCGUCUUCGAGCUUCAUGGGUCACAAUUCGAAAACAGGCCUGCAGAUCGUGCAAACAGAAAGUUCAAGCAGCAUAUCGACCCAGAUCUG